AGCUCCAGAAGGAGACGGAUGCUUGUGGGAGGCAGGAGAAGGGAGGGCAGAGCUGGCAGCGGCAGAAGGAGACAGUGGAGCACUAGCCAGAGGUGACAGCUCUGCUCUGACAAACUCCUUGGUGGCAUUGCAUCCUCAUUGCCACCACUGCCUGGGCUGGAAUGGAGAUAACCCCGUGUGAGUGUGAAGCCACAACCCUCUCCUUGCAGAGCAUCAGGAAACGGAGCCCUUAGGUGCCUCUCCUCUGUGGAGCAUACCUGUUGCACAGGGAGCAAGAAGCAGGUAGCUCCAGGGUGGAAGUGAUCCCAGCUUAAGGAGUUCCCUCAGGGAAGGAGCGUGGUGGGGUGCUGGUGUCAUCCAGGCAUCGGGUUCCUGCUGCCAGAGGUGACAGCUGUGGAGGUACCUGUUGUCAGAUGGGGAGAUGCCAGAGGGAUGGAACACCUCUUCUGACAGCCCAGAGCUACGAGCAGCAGGGAUUAUCGUGCCCAUCAUUUUCUCACUCAUCUUCCUCCUGGGUACGGUGGGGAAUGGGCUGGUGCUGGCUGUGCUGCUGCAGAAUGGGCAAGUCAAAUACAACACCACCAACCUCUUCAUCUUUAACCUGGCCAUGGCUGACCUCUGCUUCAUUAUCUGCUGCGUCCCCUUCCAGGCCACCAUUUAUACCUUGGAUGGGUGGCUCUUUGGGGCUUUUGCCUGCAAGGCUGUGCAUUUCCUGAUCUACCUCACCAUGUAUGCCAGCAGUUUUACUCUGGCUGCUGUGUCUGUUGACAGGUACCUGGCCAUUCGCUACCCGCUGAAGUCCCGGGACCUCCGCACCUCCCGCAACGCAGGAGUGGCCAUUGUAGCCAUCUGGUCAUUGUCACUGCUCUUUGCAGGGCCUUACCUCAGCUACUACCAGAUUAUCCAUUACCACGGAGUGCCCAUCUGUGUCCCCAUCUGGGAUGACCAGCGCCGAAAGAUUCUGGACGUCCUCACAUUUGUCUUCGGAUACCUCCUGCCUGUGACUGUGGUGAGCCUGGCAUAUGCCAGGACCAUCAAGUUCCUGUGGACCUCUGUUGACCCCAUAGAAAGGAUCUUGGAGUCUCGGAAGGCCAAGUGUAAGGUCACCAAGAUGAUUGUGGCUGUAGCCAUCCUGUUCUGCCUCUGCUGGCUGCCCCACCACGUGGUCAUCCUCUGCUUCUGGUUUGGCAGCUUUCCCUUCAACCGAGCCACUUACGCUUGCCGCCUGGCUUCCCAUUGCCUUUCCUAUGCCAACUCCUGCCUCAACCCCAUCGUCUAUGCUCUCAUCUCCAAGCAUUUCCGCAAGCGUUUCAAGCAGGUCUUCACCUGCCUCUUCUUCCAGAGCAAGACCAGGAAGAAGAAGAAGAGAGUGGUAAAGAAAGUCCAUGUGGUCAAUGUGGACAGCGUCCUCAAUCGCAGCACCAGAGGUUUCUGUGGAGGCAACACUGAGGUGACCCAGGUCCAGGAGCAGAAUGCUAGGAUGAGAGACCUUGAAGGUGCCAUUCCUGACAGAUCAUGGACUCACCAGCUGCAGGUCUCUGUCCAGAAGGAGUUACUGGAAGAGGAGCAUUUGGCAACAGGUGGUCAUCCCCUAGCUGUUACCCCUCCCAGAGGAACUCAGGAGUUUCUGACUGUUCAUUACAGAUGAAUGAAGUGAAGAAACCUGUUUCCCAGGGAGGAGCCAUUCCAUUCCUGAACAGGCAGAAUAAUGUGGGGCAGAGGGGAAUGGACGAAGCAGAGCCAGUGAAAGAUCCUGUGGUAAUGUCUAACCCAUUGUUCCCACUUAUCUUCGCUUGCUGGCCCACAGGAAUGGCACAAUCCAGCCGGUGCAAAGUGGAGGGACAGGUUAAUGUUAGGUGGCUUUGCCUAGACAGGUUUUAAGGUAUCCAUUUUCCAGCUUCCUAACUUGCUAAUUUUGUGCACCACUUUGUGUAUCUUAAGAGGGAGGCAACCAAAAUGAAAACAUCCUGUUAGGAAAUCCAGACUGUUAAGGGCACAUCAGAGCAUGGGUGGGAAGGGUGGGGAGAGUGCUCGGGGACCUGAGUGUGAAAAGAGUAUCUGGCAGCCUCUCUCCCUGGCAGCCCCGAGCCAUGGAGCACUGGCCAUUGCCAACAUGCCCUUUUUUUCCUGUGGGCCAGGGACAGUCUUUGUCUAUCUUCAUCCCCUUCCCUGGACCCUGCAUCAAGAUCAAAGGACCUUUGCCACACUGGCUGAUGUACCAGAAAGUCAGACAUCUGUACCAACAGCUUGAUGAUGCGAACCACCGCAGUCACUCACUCAAAAGAUUGAUGCCCCAGCAGGUAAGGAAUGAAAAAGCUGUGUGCCAACACCUCUACAUGCACCCACCCUGUACCUGUGGCUCUCUGAAGUUCAAGGAGGAGAAGACCAUCUGCCCAGUCUGUUCUCUCCACCCUGCUCUACCAGAAGUACUGACUGGAGGAUGUUUGACGGAGCUGUAUCCCACCUGCCUUUACCUGUUGGAGCUGCUUGCAGUUCAGAAGUACUUCCUAACAGCCAUUCUCAGUUUUCCCCAAGCAAACCUGGUUGCUCCUCCUUCCACCACAUUGUUCCAACUAAUACUCCUCUCUGCUUACUUUCUGUUUGCCUUCUGCAAAUUCCUAAAGCACUGCUAGCUCCUUUGCUUACUACUCCAAAUUUCAUCCCUUCCUUCUUGGGCUGCAGGACCUGUAGCUCUCUGAGCAGUGACGUUGUUCAGUGGUAUUAGCCCCACCUGUGAGGUUCACUGAUGUGGCCAGGCAGUUUUCCCCAAGUGAUGAUGAGGAUGAUUGUGACUGAAUUGACAGCUGUCACCAAAGCAGAAGAAAACAGCCAAGCUGCAGAGGGAGCUGUAUAGCCAGGUGACACUUGUCAUGAGGUAAAGGAGAAAGAAAUAGGCAAAACCCAGAUGGGCACCCAUGUGCACUUAGUUCUGUCCUAUUUCCUCAGUGCCCCUUCCUACCUGAUGGAGGAGGCUUUCAGGGGGCUGUGAGGCCAGCACCACGCAGUGGCUUGGGACAUUUUCCACAACAAGCACUGCUGUGAGAUCGCUGUGAGAUCUGUGUCCACCUGGGAACAAAACUGCUCUGUCACUGCUGCCCCAAGCAGCUGCAGAGCAGCCUUUGGCCUGUGGUAGCAGCUCACUGAUGCCCUGCAGCAGGGCUGAGUUCUCUUGGCCUGACAGUGGCAAAGAUGGGAAGUGCCACAGAGAUGGUUGGGUGGGACUAGAAAUCACAUUCACCAGAAGGUGCUGGAAUAUUUUGCCUGCUUGACCUUAAU